AUGCAGAGCGGUUGGAGUGUUCGCAGGCGACGCAAAUACAGAGGUCUCGAAACAUCUUGGUGCUUUUCGACCACCUUGCCUGACGGAAAUCCCUUUGAUGGAAAGCCUGAGACGGCGUGGGGAAUCGUCCAGGACCUCUUGGCAUCCUGCGAUAACGGAAGCGUAGGAGUUCCUAGAGACAACCCCGCGGGCUCCGUUGGGAAGGCAGAGGUCAAGGAUAUAGCUGGGACUCUGGCAAAAGACCCUAUCUCCCUUCCGAUGGGACCUACCUUGAAACCUACUCCUCCGCAACUCCCAGGCAGUCGCCUAGCUGUGGACAAUCUUGCCGAUCGCUUUGUUGAUGAGUUCAGGGGACAGGGGAGCAGCGGCAGUUUGGACACGAUGAUCAAGUUGGGGCAAGUUGGGCUGGAAUUAACUCCGCCAGACCAUGCACGACACCAUCAUACCCUCAUCCAUCUCGCCGAUCUCCUAUUUGAACGGUUUGAGAAGGAAGGAAGGAAAGAGGAUUUAGACGAAGUAAUCGCUAUGAGACGAGUUGCGUUGGAACACAUGGUCCCAACCGACCCUCAUAGACAAAGAAUUCUUCUCAGACUCGGCGAUUGCCUUUAUGAACGCUUCAUGAGGGAAGCUUCCACGGAUGAUCUGGAAGAGGGCAUAUCUCUUCACCGGGCUGCAUUGGAACACACUCCUCUGCUGAAUCGAUGCAAGGUUCUUCUCAGCCUCGCUGACUCCCUUUACCAAAAGUUCCGACAACAGGGUUUAGUGGACGACAUUGAUGAGGCCAUUAGCUUCGCGCGUACCGCAUCGGGGCUGUGCCCUCCAGGGCACCCCGAUCGAUCCUUGUCUCAGGAGUGUCUUGCACGUUGCCUCAAAGCGAAGGUUGGAAUGAAGGUUGCCUGGGCUCCCCUAAAGGGAGCCGGGAUUGAUCCUUCGCCUUCCAGUUCUUCCGAUAUCAAACAUGCCAUCAGAGUUGGCUUUUUCGAAACUGUUGCAAACCUUCCGCCGCGCCUGUUACAUACUCCGACAGGGGUCAUCUGUAACCGAGAUGCCCAACUAUCUUACUUCGAAGGUAGUGCUCAAUACGAGCGGCUCCUGUCCUCAGCCUCUUCACUCACCAGGCAGCAGCUCCAAACGGAGAUCGGUAGUGCGGUUACAGACUUCUUUCAAAUUGCCAUGCUGUCUCACAGGUGGGGGAGUGGCGAGCCCUUACUACGUGAUGUUGAAGGCAAAAAUAUCUAUGACUUGCGGGGCACGGACGGUCUGGAAAAGCUCCAAGACUUUUGCCUUCUUGCUCUUGAACGUCAUUUCCAGUGGGCAUGGAGCGAUACAUGUUGCAUCGACAAAGAUAGUAGCGCCGAAUUACAGGAAACAAUUGGGUCUAUGUUUUCUUGGUACCGCCGGUCAUCCCUGACAAUCGUGUACCUUUCCGAUGUCUCCAACGUUGGUUCGCUUUCCCAUAGUGUCUGGUUCACGCGAGGCUGGACACUCCAAGAACUGUUGGCUCCAUCCGCCCUCCUCUUCUAUAUGUAUGACUGGUCACUCUGCACGAAGAGUGACACCACGAAUCACAAAACAGAUCCUGCUGUGCUCGAAGAGCUCCAGAAGGCUACGGGAGUAGCUAAACAGCACCUUACCAAUUUCCACCCCGGCGUGGAUGACGCACGAUUGAGACUCCAUUGGGCAUCACGCCGUCGCACCACUCGACCAGAAGAUAUAGCCUAUUCCCUUUUUGGAAUCUUCGAGGUUCAAUUGCCAGUCCUCUACGGCGAAUCUGAGGAGAAUGCACUCGGACGUCUCCUGGCAGAGAUCAUCUCACGUUCUGGAGAUGUUACGGUUCUGGAUUGGGUUGGAAAGCCGUCGUCAUUCAAUAGUUGUUUGCCUGCCAACCUCGCGCCGUAUCACGUGUCACCCCAGGUCCGGCUGACCCCCAGCGACCCAGCUAGACCCAAUGACCCGGAUCUUGGGAAAGGAAAAGGAAAGGAGCUGUACGAUAAAAUUUCACGGCUACCGCGUGCCAAAUUUUUCAAUAGGCGGCUUGUCUUGCCCUCCACUGUCCACCAGGUCACAGCCGUCAGACUGCAAGGUUCUUCCACUAACCCCUCACGUUACACAUACGAGAUUCAUGCGUCGCGCUUGAGGCCUGUCAGUGUCACACUGUCAAUCAAACUUGGUAAUAGGGCCGGUGCAUAUAUUCUCGUCCGUCCUUGGCAUCCAAAAUCGCUUGAAACGCAGACCGAGAGCAAUGACGAUGCUGUUCGGAACUUGCUGGAACAGCUGGAGCAGCCGUUCAGCGCACUUCUCCUGAAGAGGUUACCUCACAACGAGUACAAGAGAAUUGCAAGCGAUUGCGAGAUUACCGCUUGCGUUCAAGACCUGGCCAGUACCUUAGAUACUGAAGUGCUGAUACCGGAGAUUGUGUAGGUCGUACUCGUCAUGUGCUCUCCUACUGCGCCCCGUAUUUCUGUUAUGCGAGUUCCCGUCUGAUAUCUGUGCCAGCAGUGCAUUUUAGUACCUAAUCACGAGUAUGUACGUACUUGAGGAGAUUUGAAUGGCUUUCCUAAG